UAGCUGUCCACUGGUCAGUCGGAUCGGUGGCGUUUGCGCGCGUGCUCUUACACUUUGUGACAAAUCCGUGAAACGCGUGCAGCGAGCGCUUGCUGCUGCGGUUAGUAAAAGUGUGCAUAAUUGUUCCUGUGUUGUUGUAUCAGGAGGAACGCCCUCCCCCGUUUUAAAGUGUUGGUGUUUUCAAAAUGAGUGGCGACGAAAUCAAGAAAGAUGCACCGGAACCGGUGGAAAAUGGAAGUGCCACCGCGACGACGGAACCGGAACAGCAACUGAACGGCAAGUUGCACUCCCUGGAGACUGGCACGCCCCCCGGUGACUUCAAGCAACUCAUCCUGGACGGGCUGGAGAAAAAGUCCAACGGAAGUCUGUGGCUUUGGCUCAUGUUCAUCCUCUGCCUGACGCCCAACAUCCUGAACGGCUUCCACGUGUCGUCGUACGUGUUCCUGAGCCAGAUGCCCGCCAACUACUACUGCGUCAUGCCGGACCUGCUGGCGCACGGCUGGACCCACGACGAGAUCCGCAACAUCUCCACGCCGGGUGGCCUCACCCGCAACGGCACGUGCACCGUCCUCGACUGGGACUACGCCCGGUUCGCCAACAUGAACUACGUGGACGCGCUGGCUUGGACGACGGGCGUCACGUCCCGGCCUGGCGAAAGGACGUGCCUGGGCGUUCCGGGCUUCCAGAUGCACUACGAGCAACCGGCCGGGUACUCGAUCGUUCCCGAGUGGGAUCUGAUUUGCGAGCGGACUGCUUACCGGUCGACGGUUCAGGUGGCGCUCUCGAUUGGCAAGUUCUUCGGUGCGUCCACGUUUGGGAUCUUGUCCGAUAAGUACGGGAGGAAGAGCAGCUUCACGAUCGCCGCCAUUUUGUACAUUGUGUCGGGGGUGUUGACCACGUUUUCACCGGUUUAUGCGCUGCUGCUGCUGGGAAGAAUCGGGUUGGGAGCUUCGGCUUCAGGCGUGUUCUAUCCACCAUUCGCGUUACUUACGGAGAACGUCGGCGUUCGGCACCGAUCCUGGAUGAGCAUAGCGUUCAACUUCUCCUACCCAAUUGGCAUGCUGAUUCUGGCCGCGGCCGCAUACUACAUCAAGCCGUGGCGGGAUCUAUCCCUCGCGCUGACCAUCCCAUCCUUCCUGUUGAUCAUUCACCUGUACUUCCUGGUGGAAUCUCCCCGCUGGUUGCUGAGCAAGGGUCGCGAGCGACGUGCCUACCGGAUGGUCUUUGGCCGCAAACCUCCGGCGGAACUGUGCGACAGCAGCGACAAGGAGCUGAGUCCGGAAGAGCUUGCGGCAGCCAAGGACGUACCGGAGCCGAAGGUUCCGUUUUCGGUUCGCGUCAAGCGAUCGUGCAGCGAGUUCACCAAACUGUACGGAACUCCGGCGCUGUGCCGACGGGCGCUGAUCUGCCACUUUACGUGGUGCGUUACGUCGCUGUGUUACUACGUAACGGCCCUCAAUGCGGACAACUUUGCCGCUAAUCGGAACGUGUACGUGGCCACAACCGGAACGGUGGACAUAAUUUCCUACAUUCUCUCAAUGGUGGUGCUGGCCUACUUUGGCCGCAAGAGCACCUCCUUCUGCCUGUUUCUGUACGCCGGAAUCUGCCUGCUGGUGGUGCUGGCCAUUCCCAAGGAGAACACCACCCUAAUCGUAACGCUAGCGAUGCUCGGUCGGCUAGGGAUUUCCGCGGUCUACGCCGUAGUGACCCUGCACACGGCCGAAAUGUUCCCCACGGAAAUCCGGAACACGGCGCUCGGGAUCUGCUCGACCAUGGCGCACGUCGGCUCGAUGGCCGCGCCGUACAUUGUGGAUCUGCUCGGCCAGCUGGCGUGGUGGAUCCCGUCGACGAUUUGCGGCACGGCGGUGCUGCUGGCCGCACUGUUUACGCUGAUGCACCCGGAAACAAAGUCCGUGGCGCUGAAAGAUCACGCCAAACAGGAGGUGGAACCGACGACGCCCGAUCGGGAACCGAUGAAACAGUAGGGUAGGGCUGGCUUAGGUAGGUUAGGAUAAGGACAAUGAGAAAUGCAAGUUUAAGGCGGAGGCGGAUGUUCCGGAUGAGUUGUUGUUGAUUGGGGUCAGAAAAUGGACCGGAAGUGGGACGUUGGGACAGGUGCAAGUGCCAUUACCGUGGACGUAGAAAUAAUUGAUAUUGUUGAGCAAGUGUGUGGAUCUGUCCAUAUGCCGAAGCUUUUAUGGUGUUUUGCAAACGUCAAACGCAUUCAAAUUUAGGCCGGAAGUUUUCUAGGGUUGCUGAGAAAACAAUGAGAUAAAAAAUACUGAAGCAAAUUUUCAGUUAUUCAUUUGACGAACCAAACUGUCAAAAUCAUGCACGCAUAAUCUAGAAUACCCAUUUGUUCAGAUUUUAUAACCCAGAAAAUUUUGUUAAAAA